AACGUGGCGUCCAACGAGGCCAACAGCAGCGCCGCGGGCAGUGGCGCGGAGUCGGCCGCCCUGUUCUCCAAAUUGCGUAGCUUCUCGAUUGGCAGCGGGCCAAAUUCGCCGCAGCGCGUUGUGUCCAAUUUGCGCGGCUUUCUCACCCACCGCCUCAGCAAUAUCACACCGAGCGAUACAGGAUGGAAGGACUCGAUAUUGUCCAUACCCAAGAAGUGGCUCUCCUCGGCCGAAUCUGUGGACGAAUUUGGAUUUCCUGAUACUCUGCCGAAGGUGCCUGUCCCACCGCUAGAACAGACCAUGGCCGACUAUGUGCUCGCCCUGGAGCCCAUCACAACGCCGGCGCAGCUGGAACGCACCAAGGGCAUCCUCAAGCAGUUCCUGUCGCCGCAGGGUCUGGGACCCCGACUGCAUCAGUAUCUGCUGGACAAGCGCGAGGCCGAGGAUAAUUGGGCUUACUAUUACUGGCUCAACGACAUGUACAUGAAUGUGCGCAUCCCGUUGCCGAUCAACUCGAAUCCUGGCAUGGUUUUUCCGCCUCGCCGCUUCCGGACCGUGCACGAUGUGGCCCACUUUGCGGCCCGGCUACUGGACGGGCUGCUCGCCCACAAGGAGAUGCUGGACAGCGGGCAGCUGCCGCUGGAGCGUGCCGCCUCUCGCGAGAAGAAUCAGCCGCUGUGCAUGGCCCAGUAUUAUCGCCUGCUCGGCUCGUGUCGUCGUCCGGGCGUGGAGCGCGACUCGCAGUAUUUGCCCAGGCGUGAGCAGCCGGGCGAGGAGGAUCGCCACGUGGUUGUCAUUUGUCGCAAUCAGAUGUACUGCGUCGUGCUGCAGGCCAGCGAUCGCGGCAAGCUCUCGGAGAGCGAAAUCGCCUCCCAGAUCCUGUACGUGCUCAGCGAUGCGCCCUGCCUGCCCGCCAAGCCGGCGCCCAUCGGCCUGCUGACAGCCGAGCCGCGCACCCAGUGGGCUCGGGAUCGGGAGGCGCUGCAGUCGGACGAACGCAAUCAGCGCAAUCUGGAGCUGAUCGAGACGGCGCUGGUCGUGCUUUGCCUGGACGAGCCGCUGGGCCGCAAUUUCAAUGCACGCGGCUUCACAGGCGCCACGCCCAGCAUGCAUAUGGCCGGCGAACGGGACGAGACGAACAUGGCGCACGAAAUGAUCCAUGGUGGUGGCAGCGAGUUCAAUUCCGCCAAUCGCUGGUUCGACAAGACCAUGCAGCUCAUCAUCUGCACGGACGGCAGCUGGGGCCUGUGCUACGAGCACUCCACCUCCGAGGGCAUCGCCGUGGUGCAGCUGCUGGAGAAGAUCUACAAGUCGAUUAUCGAGCAGCCGUUCGAUGACAACGGCCUGCCGCAGCAUCAUUUGCCGCCGCCGGAGCGUCUCGAGUGGCAUGUACCAGCCGAGGUGCAGCUGCGCUUUCCGCAGGCCGCCGUCAGCGUGGACAAGGCCAUCGACAAUCUGGACUUCUACGUCUAUCGCUACAACGGCUACGGCAAGAACUUUGUCAAGGCCUGCCAGGUCAGCCCGGAUGUCUACAUACAGCUCGCACUGCAGCUGGCCCACUACAAACUUUACGGUCACCUCGUGGCUACCUACGAGAGUGCUUCCACCAGGCGCUUCCUGCACGGUCGCGUGGAUUGCAUACGUGCCGCCAGCACGGAGGCCUUGGAAUGGGCCAAGGCCAUGUGUCAGGGCGAAGGCGCCAAUGUGCCGCUGGAGAGCGAUCGUGAGGAUGACGAGGAGGAUGCCCGGAAAGUCAAAUUUAGCAUUUAUAGCAAGGAGCACUUGCGGGAGCUCUUCCGCUGCGCCGUCGCCCGCCAGACAGAGGUGAUGGUCCGGAAUAUACUGGGCAAUGGCAUCGAUAUACCAUUGUUGGGAUUGCGCGAGGCCUCCGUGGAGGUCACCGGCGAGCUGCAUGAGCUCUUCACCGACGAGUCCUACAAGAUAUCGCAAUGCUUUCUGCUCUCCACCAGUCAGGUCGCCUGCAGCACGGACAGCUUCAUGGGCUACGGUCCGGUGACACCUCGUGGCUAUGGCUGUUCCUAUAAUCCGCAGCCGGAACAGAUUGUCUUCUGCGUGUCGGCCUUCUACGCCUGCGAGGAUACGAGCGCCUCGCGCUAUGCCAAAUCGCUGCAGGACUCGCUCGACAUAAUGCGCGACCUGCUUCAGAACUAGAUGGAAAACGAAGCGAAAAGCAACACAACAAAGCAAACAUAUCAUUAAAUGUACCUUAGCAACAAUUUGUCCAUGAAGAUCCGAAAGGAUCUCCCUAACUAUACAACUAAAGAAGGAGAAGAGGAAAACCUUGAAGGAAGGAGAAAAUUAUAUAGAGAAGAAAGGGAAGACCAGAGAGGAUGAUCAAGUUAUAUUGACAAGAUAAGGAAAACCCUGAAAGAAAUAGCAAAUUAUAUAGAGAAGAAAAGAAAAAACAGGAAGAAGGACGGAAGGAAAACCUUGAAAGAAGCAGCAAAUUAUUUAGAGUCUUCGGUUAGCCGAAUAAUAUAUACCCUUGCAGACAUUCAGCAGAAUUUCCAUCUAAUUUUCUAGGAACAACAUUCCAUUGUAUGAUUAUAUAGAUCUUUCAGUUUAUUAUUUUAUUUUCUUUGGUUUUUUUCUCUUAAUUUAGUUUGCUAACCAAUCCUAAAAUGUUAUGAUCUGGGAUAAAACACACUGAUCUAUUAUAAUAUUAAUCCUAGAGCCUAUAAUAUAACUUAUUUAACUAUUAUUUUCCUUGAGAAUUAGUUGUAGAAUCAAUAGACUUCAUGGGUCUAGAACUCUAUAUACUGUUAAGUUUCAUAGGGAUAGGCGGCAUGCAAAGGUACUUCCCCAUGUUAUAUAUGAUUUAUAAGGUCGAAAAUUCCUGAUUUGUAACCAAACAAUUCCGUCUGCAAGGACAUACAAAAUACCUAUGUAAACCGUAGUUAACUAGCGUCCACAAGACGUCAGCAGUUCUUACAAAAAAACAAAGAGAAAUACUUUUAGUGUUGUACAAGUCAUUUCAAUCAGAUACGCUGAUUGAUUUGCACAACUGAUGUCAAUCAUCUGUUAAGCGUUAUCAUAUUGAAACUCAUUUGCUUUAACCCAAACUAUUAGUAGAUAUAUGACAAAGAGAAACUCUGGUCAAUUAAAUGUUUUAGAGCAAUUUUAUGCGCAAUUGUUAGUGCUGUUAAAUGAACAACAAAAAUAUAUAUAUAUCUGUAUGUGUUAGUUAAUUGUGCAAUAUUAUUCUAUUAGCUUGGCUGUCCGACACGAAUUUCCGAGGCAUGGCUAUUAAUUUGGCCGCCACUGUGCGCGUGCGCUCAAAAGUAUGCAAUACUUUUUGUUCGUUGUGUUUUGCAUUAUAGAAAAAAUGUUAUUAGAAAUUGAUGUUGCAAGUAUAUUGAAUAGUCUAUAAUAAUCAUAUUAAAUGUUUUUUCUGUUGCUGUUUUCAAUCAAAAAAAAAAUAUCUAUAAAUUAUUUUAACUAUAUGCUUGUUAGAGGGAGCUGAAAAAAAAGGCUUUCCGCUAUGAUUAAUACUACAAAUAUUGUUGAAGUUGAAGUUAAAGUUUUGUUAAAUAAAAAAUUAAAAAUCAUUGUACGUAUAUAGACUUGAAACGUAACAAUACAUAUCAAUAAAUUUAUAUAAAGUAUUUAGCCAAAAAAAGGCAAAGCAUAUCAAAUGAAUGAAACGAAUAUUAGAAACAACUACAAAAAUCAUAUACUAUAUAUAUAUACUACAUAUUUUAGCCGUAUCUGUUCUAUGUUCUUACUAUGUUAUACAUUCACUCGAUGAUAAAGAUAAAUAUACCAUGUUAUACACAGGAGAAAUUCUUAUAUGAAAAUGUUAAAGGGCAAAGGUUUAUAUAAAUAGCGAAAUAUAUAUAUAUAUAUGUAUAGUUGC